UUCACGCCGAUAUUGAAUCCGUAUGAUUUGACAUUUCGCUGGUAGAAAGAUAAAGGUGCACCAAAAAAAGUCUAUUUUGUUUUUGAUUCGGAUAUUUCGAGAAACGCAAUUUCAAAAAUGGCAAUGUCGGUGUUGUUACGUUCGCAAAAUAAAUUCAAAGCUGCAGCCACCUUGUCGAAUGUUUUGCGAUUCAGCACCACCAGCAAAACAUCAUUCAAACUGUUGGAACACAAGAAUGUUGCACAAUUCGUGUUUCCUAAAUUGAACAUCGCACCAGCUGUGAAAACCGCUGGCAUUCGUCAAAUUUCAUUGACAGCAGCACGUCAAUCAGCCGCUGGUAGUAAUCAUGCCGGACUAUGGACAGCUGAACGAGCAUUGAGUUUAGCCUUAUUGGGUCUAUUGCCAGCUGCUUUAGCAUUCCCAUCAAAAACCUUAGACACAUUGCUUGCCGUAUCGGUGGUGAUGCACGCUCACUGGGGCAUUGAGGCUUGUGUCAUCGAUUACGUGCGUCCAGUUCUAUUCGGUUCAUUUAUUCCAAAAAUCGCACCAUUUUUGGUUGUUGCCUAUUCGGCAAUCCUUCUCGGCGGUCUAUUGUACUUCAUCCACACUGACAUCGGUAUCGCACAAACUGUUCGAAAGUUCUGGGCCAUCAAAGGUCAAUAAAUUACAAUAACAAUAUUUGUAUCCUAUUUUAUGUGCGAAGAUGAUUUAAAUUUGAAUUAAAGAAAAAACGAACCAUUUAUAAAUUAUUCAAAA